CUCACCAAACCUGAAAAAUACACAAUAAAAAAAAAAACAGAAAGCAUGGGUUCGACGGCGGAGACACAGAUAACGCCGGCACAAGUCUCCGACGAUGAAGCGAACCUCUUCGCCAUGCAACUCGCGAGCGCUUCUGUCUUACCGAUGGUUCUGAAAUCGGCCAUUGAGCUCGACCUGCUCGAGAUCAUGGCCAAGACCGCCGGAUUCUCCGGCCAAAUGUCGCCGUCCGACAUAGCUUCGCGUCUUCCAACAAAGAACCCAGAUGCUCCUGUCAUGCUCGAUCGCAUUCUCCGGAUCCUGGCUUCUUACUCCAUCCUCACCUGCUCCGUCCGUACGCUCUCCGGCGGCGGCGUCGAGCGGCUGUAUGGACUCGGCCCCGUCUGCAAGUAUUUGACCAAGAACGAAGAUGGCGUCUCCAUUGCCGCCCUCUGUCUCAUGAACCAAGAUAAAGUCCUCAUGGAGAGUUGGUACCAUCUGAAAGAUGCAGUGCUUGAAGGCGGGAUCCCGUUCAACAAGGCGUACGGAAUGACGGCGUUCGAGUACCACGGGACAGAUCCAAGGUUCAACAAAGUGUUCAACAAUGGAAUGUCCAACCAUUCCACCAUCACUAUGAAGAAGAUUCUAGAAACCUACAAUGGCUUCGAGAGCUUAUCCUCGGUUGUCGACGUAGGCGGGGGGAUUGGAGCCACUCUCAGCAUGAUUGUCUCCAAGUACCAUAACGUUAAAGGCAUCAACUUUGAUCUCCCUCAUGUCAUUGAGGAUGCUCCUUCUUAUCCGGGUAUUGAGCAUAUAGGUGGAGAUAUGUUUGUUAGUGUCCCUAAAGGAGACGCCAUCUUCAUGAAGUGGAUAUGCCACGACUGGAGCGACGAGCACUGCCUUAAGUUCUUGAAGAACUGCUACGAAGCGCUUCCGGGUGAGGGGAAAGUGAUAGUGGCGGAGUGCGUACUUCCGGUGGCUCCGGACCCGAGCCUCCUGACGAAACAAGUGGUCCACAUAGACUGCAUCAUGUUGGCUCAUAACCCCGGAGGCAAAGAACGAACCGAGAAAGAGUUCGAGGGCUUGGCCAUAGGAUCUGGCUUUCAGGGUUUUCGGGUUGUCUGCAACGCCUUUGGCACUUACAUCAUGGAGUUCAUCAAGAAGAUCUAAUCUUCUUCUCACAUACAUAUAUAUAUAUAUAUAUUCACUGGUCGUCCGCAUUUCUCUUGUCGUUGUCGCGUGUAAUGGAGGAAGAUGGGUUUGUGUUUGUAUAUGUAUUGUGCCAUGCCAUCUUUGAUUGCUCACAUUGGUCACGGAAUUGUUUUCAGUAUUCUUUGGCUCGUACAAUUUGAGGAUGUGAAAUCAAAGGUUUAACCGACAUAAUAAGAUUUGGCCGUUUAAAUC